AUGAGAAAAUCUGUUAUUUGCAUUUUGCUUUUAGGCUGCUUGCUAUCAGCUCAAGUAAACUGUUUCAACUUUACCUCCUUUUCUGAAAAGUUCGUUGAAGAGUUUAACAAAAGAUACAAUUCUACAUGGAGAGCUGCUCGUUACUAGAAGUUUGAAGAAAUGGAUCCUGAAACUCUUCAAGGACAUCUCGGUGCUUUGAUUGACGAACCUCUUUGGGCAAAGCUCCCUAUUAAGAAUGUUGAAUAAACUAAUGAUCCUAUUCCUGAAUCUUUUGACUCUCGUGAACAAUGGCCUAACUGCAAUAGCAUUAAGACAAUUAGAGAUCAAUCUACUUGUGGUUCUUGCUGGGCAUUUGCUGCUACCGAAACAUAUUCUGACAGAAUCUGUAUUGCUAGCAAUCAAGAGCUUUAAACUUCAAUUUCUUCUGAAGAUUUAUUAGAAUGUUGUGCCACCUGUGGUAAUGGAUGUUAAGGUGGAUAUCCAAGUGCUGCUUGGAAAUACAUGAAGGCUACUGGUGUCUCUACUGGUGGACUCUAUGGCGAUGACUCAUCUUGCAAACCCUAUGUUUUCCCCCCUUGUGAUCAUCACGUCGUAGGACAAUACCCUCCUUGUGGACCCAUUAAGCCAACUCCCAAGUGUGUUAAAUAAUGUAACUCUUAAUACACCGAAAAAACUUACUAAUAAGAUCUCCAUCAUCCUUCCAAAGUUUACUAAUUACCUAACAAUGCUGAAGCUAUCUAAAGAGAAAUUAUGGCUCAUGGUCCCGUUUAGGCCUCUUUUAGAGUUGCUAGCGAUUUCCUUACUUACAAAAGUGGUGUCUACAUCAGAGAUCCUAAAUUGAAAUACGAAGGUGGUCACUCAGUAAAAAUUAUUGGCUGGGGUGUUGAACAAGGUACUCCCUAUUGGCUCAUUGCUAACUCCUGGAAUGAAGACUGGGGUGAGAAUGGUUUGUUCAAAAUGUUAAGAGGAAAGAACGAAUGCGGUAUCGAAGCUGAAGUUGUUGCUGGUCUUCCUUGA